GGCAGGGGAGGGAUAGGAUGUUGAUUGGAAAGUUUUCUGGCAGCCUCUACGACUCCGUUCACAGCGGACACUCAGUCCGUUUAGUGUAGUCAUGCUGCAGACAACGUGCUCAGUGCUGCUCCUCGCGGCCGUCACUGCUAUCAACACAGCAAGUGGUGCAUUCAACUGCCCGCAAAAGUACGGCCAGUUCGAGGACCCGAAACAGUGCGAUAAGUUCUACGAAUGCGACGAAGGGAUUGCUAAGGAGAAGCUGUGUCCUGAUGGUCUUAUGUUCGAUCCCCUCAACAGGAAGAUCAACAAGUGCGACCAACCUUUCAACGUGGACUGCGGUGACAGGAUAGAGCUCCAAUCUCCGAAAGGGAAUCAGCAUUGUCCACGCAAGAAUGGCUACUUCGCGCACCCCGACUCGUCCGUCUGUCACCUCUUCUACAACUGCAUCGACGGCGAGUACACGGAGGUACCCUGCACACCGGGACUGCACUUCGACGAAUACCAGGGCACGUGUGUGUGGCCGGAGUCAUCAGGUCGGACGGGUUGUAGCAAAAUCGAGAAUAAGCUGAAGGAUGGGUUUGAGUGCCCGAAGGAGGCACAAGCUGACGCUAACGGACAGGCCGUGGCCCAUCCCAAAUUCGCACACCCCCAGGACUGCCAGAAGUUCUACGUUUGCCUUAACGGCGUCCAGCCACGCGAGCUUGGCUGCUCCUUGGGCGAAGUGUACAACGAGGAAGACCAGAAGUGCGACGCACCGGAAAACGUUCCGGGCUGUGAGGAUUGGUACAAAGACAACCCAGAAGUGAACAACAACAACAACAACAAAAACAAGAAACAGAGACGAAAGUAGAAUCCUGGAUAAAACUGUGAUAACUGGCGAAUUGUGAACAAUAUAAAAGCCAGGACUUAAAUUUCAUAAACUUAUUAUUUACUUCUAAUGCAAUUAAACACAUCGGUCUUGAAGAUAUGACUCUGUGUCGUAUUGGAUUCCACCAUUCAACCAUUUCAGGGAUUAAUUCUGCAGAAUGUAAAAUAUUACUUUCUUUACAGUAACAGAAUUUUUCUUCCAGGAAGUAGAAAUUGACAGCUUGGUUCAAAUUACUUACUGCUGACAACAGAUAAAGCUUCUGUUAACUGGAAAACAAAGUAAUAAAACUUAGUGAUACAAUUUUGAGCCAUGACCUGCGUUAUAAGUUUUUAACAAAUUUGACAUAAUUGGUCUAAAUACAUUUAAUUGUGAUACACCAGCUUAAAAACGCAAAAGAAUAAAACAAUCUUUAUUAAUUAGCAUAGUUAAACACAAAUUCUGUGAAAAAAGAUUCGCAAUUUUUGUUGGUAUAAAAUUCCAGUGUUAAAGCAAAGUACAGCGUGGUAACAUAUCAGAAUAAACAAAAUAUUUUGUU